UACAAAUUGGGGUGCCAGGGAUACCUCGGUGCUUCUGGGAGUUCCUGCUGCAGGAGCUGGUGAUUCUCUGGGGGUGGGAAGCACAGUAAAUUCCCACAAUGACGGACCAGCAGGCAGAAGCCCGCGCCUUCCUCAGCGAGGAGAUGAUUGCGGAGUUCAAAGCCGCCUUUGACAUGUUUGAUGCUGAUGGCGGUGGAGACAUCAGCACCAAGGAGUUGGGGACGGUGAUGAGGAUGCUGGGCCAGAACCCCACCAAAGAAGAGUUGGACGCCAUCAUUGAGGAGGUGGAUGAGGAUGGCAGCGGUACCAUCGACUUCGAGGAGUUCUUGGUGAUGAUGGUGCGCCAGAUGAAAGAGGACGCCAAGGGCAAGUCUGAGGAGGAGUUGGCCAACUGCUUCCGUAUCUUCGACCGGAAUGCGGAUGGGUUCAUUGACAUUGAGGAGCUGGGUGAGAUCCUGAGGGCCACCGGGGAGCCCGUCACCGAUGAGGACAUAGAGGACAUGAUGAAGGACUCAGACAAGAACAACGAUGGCCGCAUCGACUUUGAUGAGUUCCUGAAGAUGAUGGAGGGUGUGCAGUAAGGGACCAGACAUUCCUCGGGCCAGCUGCUGCACCCAGCCCCACUCCCCCCCUGCCCAGGGAGCAGCAGCUCCACAGCACC